UCAGUUCGUUUUGUUGUCAUGAGUCACAUUUACACUAAGUUGUUUUUACCAGGUUUUUAGUCGAACAUUUAAUUUUGUAUCCCUCCAUUUCGCUUCGAUUCAACGACAAAAAAAAUGCCAAGAAUGAUACAGACCAUUCGAAUGAAACUCCCUAACGAAUAACACGAGUGAUAGUUGCCAUUGUGUGCUAACACUCGACAUUCAGGUAAUAUUUAUUAAAUGGUGAUUACCAGUGCCAUGGAGAGGAGAAUCAAGUUGAAAACACUAAACAGCCACAUAACGUGCAAGAUAUGCAAGGGUUAUUUGAUAGAUGCCACUACUGUUACCGAGUGUUUACACACAUUUUGCAAAAGCUGUCUAGUAAAACAUUUAGAAGAGAAGCAUACCUGUCCAACAUGCCAAAUCGUCAUACAUCAGUCGCAUCCCCUCCAAUAUAUUAGCUUUGACAGAACUAUGCAGGAUAUCGUCUACAAAUUAGUUCCUGAUCUUCAAGAGAAUGAAAUUAAAAGGGAAAGAGAAUUUUAUAGAGCAAGAGGUUUACCUUGCCCUAAAGAUAUCCUACCAAAUGCUGGAGAUGUUGAGGAAGAGAAGGCAACAGCUGAUGCACAUGCGGAAUCAGACUAUCAUCGUACUGAUGAACAGGUUAACGUAUGUUUGGAAUGCAUAAAUACAAGCUUGAAAACUUUGAAACGAAGAUUUAUUAGGUGCUCUGCCCAAGCAACCAUUACACAUUUGAAAAAGUUUAUUGCUAAGAAAGUGUUAAAUGGAAUGGAGAAAUAUCGGGAUAUUGAUAUAUUGUGCAAUGAUGAAUUAUUAGGCAAGGACCACACAUUGAAAUUUGUUUAUGUAACAAGAUGGAGGUUCCGGGACCCACCUUUAAGGUUACAAUAUAGACCACGAAUAGACAUAUAAGAUUAAUAUCUCUAUGUUCGAUAUGCGAUGAAAAUCACAAAAAAUCUUGUACCUAUUUUAUACGUUUGCUAGUUCUAUCCGUGUAUUGCCCGUCAUAGUACUUAUUUCUGUGUUUUCGGCACAGUAAAGAAAUUUAGUUUCGAGAAUAAUUUCCUGCGACGAAUCAGAGUUGCUUUACACCCGCAAUUUUCUAUCCCAGCAAUAGAAAUAAUUGCAUUAACCAGAUUACCAAUAAUCAUUAACACGGCAUAUUGUUACGAUAGCAAUUCUAUACAUUCAAUUAUCAUUCUAUUCCUUUCUAGUUAAAGUUUGGGAUCGUUUGCGUAUUAUCUUCGAUUGAGUUACAUUAACUCGCCUUUCUGAUGUUCGUUACGAAUUAUUGAUCUAUAUUUGUGUAACGCAUAAAUAUAAGUAAAUGAAGAAAUCAUAGCGACACUGUGACAACGAGAAGGUAACUUUUUCGUUCGCUGACAGUAUCGCUAAAUGCAAUUCUAAAUAUUUAGUUUUAUGUUACCGUGACGCACCUUACGUGUUCUCGUAUCGAUCCUUUAUAAGUAAUGUUUUUAGUUCGGAGAUAUAGAAAUAGCAAUCGGUAUGUGUCACGGAUAAAAAUUUGUUGAUUUCCCGCGCAUGGCAACGGAAUAAAAGAUCAUCUUUCUUCUUGUAAUCUUAAGAUGUAAAUUUCUUUUUAUACAUACCCUAAUUGUAUAUAGAAUAUUUUUGACAGAAUCCCGAAUAUUUGACAGAAUAUUGCGCGUAGACACAGCUUUGUAUUAGAGAGAGGGGAAAAAAUGAAAAAAAUAAGCUGGGUCUAAAUACUGGAAGAUUUGGACCCUUUUAACUUUGUAUGUUUAUGCGCUGUACACAUUCUAAUUCAGGCCCCGAGUUUCACUCAAUGCCGGAAUACAAAAGAAUUUUAUCAAACAUAUUUUCUCGAGGGAUUUGAUAAGGACAACGAUACAUUGAGCGAAACAGACAGGGCCACAUAUCGCUUAGUAGUUAAAUGAACUUGUUUUGACAAACAGUGUAAAGCGAAGGAAAAAAGUUGUGUGAUUGUAUAUAAAUAUUCUAGAGGGUAAAAAUAAAUAAAGUGCAGUUUACUUUAUGAAGUAACGGCAUUUUAUGAAUGCUAAGGCUUGUAUGUUGUACACUAUGUGUGUAUCUCCAUAAAUUAUUAAAUAAAUAUUAUGUUUUGUACAGUA